CAACUUCAAAGCAGAGACCCAUUAGUAGAACUGUGAACUGUCUCUUCUUCAUUGAGUCUUCAAACUUACUCUGUGUCCAUGGCUCCAGCACCCACUUCUCCCAUCAAGGUAGGCCACAUAGAUGAUGUUCAAGAGCUUAGAAAAUCAAAGCCAGCAACAAUCCCACAAAGAUUUGUGAGGGAGAUGAAUGAAAGACCAACACUACAACCAUCUUCUUCAUCAACAAAUGACAUUCCAAUCAUUGAUUUUUCAAAACUCAAGAAUGGAAACAAAGAUGAAAUCUUGCAUCUUGAAAUGGCCUGCAAGGAGUGGGGAUUUUUUCAGGUGAUUAAUCAUGAGAUUGAUAUUGAUUUGCUUGAAAGCAUUGAAAGAUUGGCCAAAGAUUUCUUCAUGCUGCCAUUAGAAGAGAAGCAGAAGUACCCAAUGGCACCAGGUACUGUUCAGGGAUAUGGACAGGCCUUUGUGUUCUCUGAGGACCAAAAGCUUGACUGGUGCAACAUGUUUGCUCUUGGUGUUAUUCCCAACUACAUCAGAGACCCAAAACUCUGGCCUACAAAGCCAGCCAAAUUCAGUGACACUAUUGAGGUUUACUCAAGAGAAGUAAGGAAGCUAUGCCAGAGUCUCAUGAAACAUAUAGCCAUCAGUCUUGGCUUGAAAGGGAAUGUCUUUGAAGAGAUGUUUGGGGAAGAAGUACAAGCUGUGAGGAUGAACUAUUACCCACCAUGUUCAAGACCAGACCUUGUAAUGGGUCUUAGUCCACAUUCAGAUGGAAGUGGACUCACAGUGCUGCAGCAAGCAAAGGGUGGCUCAGUAGGACUACAAAUCCUUAAAGACAACAAUUGGGUCUCUGUUCAACCCAUCCCAAAUUCACUUGUCAUCAACAUUGGUGACACCAUGGAAGUUCUGACAAAUGGGAAGUACAAGAGUGUGGAGCAUAGAGCAGUGACUCACAAGGAAAAAGACAGGCUCACCAUAGUGACAUUCUAUGCUCCUAGCUAUGAAAUAGAGCUUGGACCAAUAUCAGAGCUAGUGAAUGAGAGGAAUCCAUGCAAGUAUAGGAGGUACAAUCAUGGAGAGUACAGUAAACACUAUGUGACUAACAGGUUGCAAGGCAAGAAAACACUUGAUUUUGCCAAGAUUCCAGACAGCUACUUUGCUUAGCAAGUCCUCAAUUAGCAAUAAUAAGUCUUUUGUCUAUAAUUAACCCAGUUUGACUAGACUAUAGACAAGUUGUGGGUUUUUUGUAUGAAAAAUAAAUAGAAAUAUUGAUGGACUGCACUGUUCAUGUAACUGCAGGCCUGUAUUAGCUUAUCACUCAAAGGAAUCUUGUGGGGUCCUUUGUUUUAAUAAAGGUGUUCUUCUGUUACUGUUUUCA